UCAGAUUAUGGUCAAACAGCCAGACGAUGGUUCCAGUCAAAAGGCAGUCUGACUGCGACAGCUGUUGAUUCGUUUUCCAUCACUUCAAGGCAGGACACGGUGUGCAAAAGAUAACCGCAACAGACAACGACCGCCUUAUUCCCCGAGGAUUAAGAGGGGAUUGUUCCCUUACAGUGGAGCACGGUUGGUGUGUUUUAAUGGUCCAUUGUGUUUUGGAAAAUCAUACCCACCCAGAGCUAGUCGCUAGGCAGCUGUGAUGACAUUUGAGAUGGUGGUCAGUGGGACAGGAGAUGGUGUGCAACUAAGAGAGCCACAGAACAAAUGGCAGAAAUUAUUCAGAUGCAGCAGCUCUUGAUCAUCAGCAUUGACGACAAGAUGAACAGACUUGGGGUGGUAGAAGCAGGAGGUGCUCAGUGUGCGGUCUAGACAGAAGUCCACAACCGCAACCUCAGGCACCAUGAUGGAGGGGGGCAUGCAGCUGCUCAACCGGGAUGGACACAGCAUCUCGCACAACUCCAAACGCCACUACCAUGACUCCUUCGUCUCCAUGAAUAGGAUGCGACAGCGUGGCCUGCUGUGCGACAUUGUGCUUCAUGUCUCCAACAAAGAAAUCAAGGCACACAAAGUGGUGCUGGCGUCUUGCAGCCCCUACUUCCACGCGAUGUUUACCAAUGAGAUGUCUGAGAGUCGGCAGACCCAUGUGACCCUUCAUGACAUCGAUCCUCAGGCUUUGGAGCAACUGGUCCAGUAUGCCUACACAGCAGAGAUUGUAGUUGGGGAAGGCAACGUGCAGACGUUGCUCCCAGCAGCGAGCCUCCUGCAGCUCAAUGGGGUCAGAGAUGCAUGCUGCAAGUUCCUCCUCAGUCAGCUGGACCCUUCCAACUGCUUGGGCAUUCGAGGCUUUGCAGACACACACUCCUGCAGCGACCUCCUCAAGUCUGCACACAAGUAUGUUCUGCAGCACUUUGUGGAAGUCUCCAAAACAGAGGAGUUCAUGCUGCUGCCGCUGAAACAGGUCCUGGAUUUGAUCUCCAGUGAUAAUCUAAACGUCCCGUCCGAAGAGGAGGUGUACCGAGCCGUGUUGAGCUGGGUGAAACACGAUAUAGAUGGGCGUAGACAACAUGUGCCUUGGCUGAUGAAGUGUGUGCGGCUGCCGCUGUUGAGGCGAGACUUCCUGAUGAGCAACGUCGAUACAGAGUUGCUGGUGCGUCACCACUCGGAGUGCAARGAUCUGCUGAUCGAGGCUCUCAAGUACCACCUGAUGCCCGAGCAGAGGGGAGUCCUGAGCAACAGCCGGACACGCCCGCGGCGCUGUGAGGGUGCCAGUCCUGUGCUCUUCGCCGUUGGUCAGUGUGCCCCUGAAGGUGGCGGCAGCCUGUUUGCUAUUCAUGGAGACUGUGAGGCGUAUGACACCCGGACGGAUCGCUGGCACAUGGUGGCAUCCAUGUCCACCAGGCGGGCACGAGUAGGUGUGGCAGCUAUUGGGAACAGACUUUAUGCUGUCGGAGGAUAUGAUGGCACUUCUGACCUUGCAACCGUGGAGUCCUACGAUCCCAUCACUAAUGCCUGGCAACCAGAGGUUUCUAUGGGAACAAGACGGAGCUGUUUGGGUGUAGCUGUUCUGCACGGCCUGCUGUACGCUGCUGGAGGUUACGAUGGUGCCUCCUGCCUCAACAGUGCAGAACGCUAUGACCCUCUGACCAGUACAUGGACUUCCAUUGCUGCCAUGAGCACCCGAAGGAGAUAUGUACGAGUAGCAACUCUGGAUGGCAGCUUGUAUGCAGUGGGAGGAUAUGAUAGCUCCUCACAUCUGGCAACGGUGGAGAAAUAUGACCCUCAGAGCAACACGUGGACGGCCAUCGCCAACAUGCUGAGCCGGCGCAGCAGCGCGGGGGUGGCUGUGCUGGACGGCAUGCUGUACGUGGCGGGGGGGAACGACGGCACCAGCUGCCUGAACUCAGUGGAGCGGUUCAACCCAAAGACCAACACCUGGGAAGGAGUCGCCCCCAUGAACAUACGCAGGAGCACCCAUGACCUGGUGGCCAUGGACGGCUGGUUGUAUGCUGUAGGAGGGAACGAUGGCAGCUCCAGUCUCAACUCGAUUGAAAAAUACAACCCACGCAGCAACAAAUGGGUGGCCGCCUCCUGCAUGUUUACACGGCGCAGCAGCGUGGGCGUGGCAGUGCUGGAGCUCCUGAACUUCCCACCCCCUUCUUCGCCCACCCUCUCAGUGUCUUCCACUAGUCUUUGACACGAGGUCACCGUUUGGCUGACUUCAGCCUCUGCUGCUACAGCCCAGACUGGCUCUGGGAAGAGGCGCAACAGCUCCGUUUGAGAGAUGUGGAGGUGGGAGAAACGUGUUGAGCGUGGGCAGGUAAAUCCAUGGAGGAGAGGGAAACAAGGAGACGGACAGGAUGAAUGUGASUGAGGCCCCUGCCUGGUUACAGUAUACUUCAGAGUGAGUGUCAUUCUUGGUAAAAGGUUAGCCAGACGUAGUUUAAAACACCUUUUACAGAUGUUACCUACAGCAGGCAAAAUGAUUCUCAAAAACCCCACACAAAUUUAGGAUCCACUGAAAAAGCGCCACAGAAAUACUUUAAAAAAAUUAUGUUUUAAAGUAAAAUUAAAUGGUAAAAGGUAUUUUCGUUCCCUCUCCCCACAAAAAGCUAAAUGGUCGUAACAAUGCUAGAAUUUAUUUUUUUUCUGGCUACUACUUUUAUGUUCCUAUUUUCUGACCUGCACUGUUUCUGGUCUGGAUGCCCGAGGGUCCRCUGUAUACCUCCAACACACAGCUACUAACUCCCACUUUCUUCAAAACAUAUUUCUGAAAAUAGUCACUCGAUCAUUUGAUUUGCCCACCGYGAUAAGUGUUUGACACACAUACCGUAAAGCGUGGCAGGCAUCGAACCCUGUGAAGGUGUUGUAAAUGUUUUUGGUUAGAUGUUGUUGUUGUUCUGCAAGGCUUUACUUUUAACGUCAGAAGUUUUUGCAAUAAUGUAUAAAAUACUGAAUGGUUUUAUUUUUAGAAUGUAGCUUUUUAGUGGUUGUACCAUGCAUGUUUCUGUAUUGGCACCGAUUCUCAAAAAUAUAUUUAAAAAAAAUGUUGUAGUUCUGCUACACUGCACUAGGUGGCAGCGACGAGCAAUGUUGUGCACAUGUCUCUCAGAAAAGCAUGGACACCAACAACAUAAACAAGCUAAACCAUCAAAAACUGUAAAUACGCUUAGGUCCUUUUUUAUAUAAAACUAAAUAUGAUGAAUCAUCUGUAUUUAUAAAACAUAAUAUAUUCUGUUUUAAAGAUGCUUAGAAAAAGAAACAGAUCCCAAAAUGCCUAUUUAUAAGAGUGUUUUUUUAAUUAUAUUUAUUUAGACAUGUGGUGCGCAUAUCGUCAUUGGAAAUGACUAAGAAUGUUUUGGCUUGAAGGAUGUUUGUGUGCAUAUGAAGAUUAGGGGGACUGCUUGCAGCGUUUUGUUUGACUUUAUCAAUGUUUCUUCACUGCCACAGGCAUGAACACAUGAACACGUCACUGUACCAACAUUGUGGUCAUUACAUUUGUUGGAUAAAAAACUGUAGUCACCGGCRAACUUGUUGACCAUUUAAAGACGUCACAUUGUCUUACAUUGAAAUUAUCUUCAAAAUAUGAGAAAAUACAUGUUUCAUGUGACACGAUUGCUUCAUAUUACAAGAAAGUUCCCCUUCAGUAAACAAACUUGGUACUAAUGAGUCAUAUCUUUGAUCCUGGGUGCUGACAUAUUGCCCACCUUUGUCAUCACAUUAGUAAAACUGGUCAAACGAUUUCCAUCAAAUUGAUCUAUUACACGUGUAAUUAAUAACUGUCAUAAACACGCCAGAGUCUGUGACGGUUAGGAAUGUCACCUGCGUCGUCUAAGAUAAAUCACCUUGAAUAGUUGACCCAGUUUAAAGUCAGUAUUGUUUGAGUUCAGUUCAUGUGUAGUGCAGUGAUACCAUUACAAACUUCUAAGAAGUUGUCUUUUUUUCUUUUCCUUGAUUUGAAGGAUUUACGGUAGUUUAUAUUUAUUUUAGGAAACAACCUUAUGUUACGUGUGUGCAAGGAAGGAUGUGGCRGAAAUGGACCUCUGAUGGCCUUAGAAAAUGUCUGUCAAGAUGAAGCGAGUCAGGGAUAGAUUUUUAGGGCAAAGGUGCACAAAUUCAAUGAAGAUUUUGGUCUCUAUUCUUUUGAUUGAACUGUACAUAGUAUGCUCGGUUUAUCUUAAUUUUAUUUGUGCAAUUUUUGAUGUGACUGUAGCKCUUUUUUUAGUUUGUGGUUGAUGUUGUGAUACAUGUUUAUUUAUGUUUGUUAUUUAUGACAGCCUUUCAAAUGUUAAAGUUUGCACUAUUGCGAAAUGAAGCAAUAUCAUACACUUCAAAAAAAGAAAUAAAGACGUUUUCAGUGACA